UGUGCGUCGUCUUUCUGGCGACGAAAAAGGACGAGUUUGGACCAUUUUGCUGGUGGAAAAGUGCGGAAAGAAGGACGAAAAACUGGUGAAAAUUUCGAAUUUUCCACCGCAGGCAAGCACCCUCGAUUUUCGCUGGGUUUUCCACUCGCGCGAGGAAGAAAAUCCAGGAAAACCACGUGUGUCAGUGUGUUCGUGUUCGAAGGAAAAAUCGAGCAAUCAAAGAAGUUGUAGAUAUUUAAUGCUUAUUCAAAAAAAGCAAAAAAAAUAGUGUAGAAAUUUUCUAGCAACAAAAUAAAGGAGAAUAGUGCAAACCAAAAAAAAAAAAGAAGAAAAGAAAAGAAGUUUUAUUGGAAAAUCGAUUCCGGAAAACACCAAAACCGACCCCGCGCGCGCGAGCUCAAGAAGUGCGUCGCGACGUCGUCGAUCGCCGUCGAAAGUUUUGCGGAGCACGGAGGGAAAUGCUAGUGGUUUGGUGUUAGUGUCCAAAAGUGCGAAAGUGAAAAGUAGUGCGCGCGACCCAUCCCGCGAGAGAGGGAGAAGCAGUGCGAGAGAGCGAGAAGGAAAAGAAAGAAAGGAAAGUUGAGGUUGAACUCAGCUUAGAAGAGCAAGAAGAAGCGAGGGCCGAAAAACCUUCACCAACACCCCGAGAAAACGUGUGUGUUCGUGUGAGUGUGCAAUCGUGUGAAGUUUUGUCCAAGCAGAGUUCUUGCUUGCUGAAUCGUCGUCGUAACCCGGAGUGUGCAGAACCAGAUUCAACGAUUUAGCGCAGCGGAAGGAUAGAUGCGUCAUUUUCAACAUGGCGCCGUGUAUAUUACUGUGAUCUGUGGAACGAGAUUCAUGAGCCCCAUGCCUUGGAAAUCUGAGGCUCUCAUUGUUGGCCAUAUAGACAAUGACCGAAGACCUCGAUUCGAUAUCUGAGGAAGAACGUAGUUUGUUCCGUCCUUUCACCCGUGAAUCAUUACUUGUUAUUGAAGAACGCAUCGCAAAUGAACAGGCAAAACAGCGCGAAUUGGAAAAGAAGCGAGCCGAGGGGGAGACUGGUUUUGGUCGGAAGAAAAAGAAAAAAGAAAUACGGUACGACGAUGAGGACGAGGAUGAAGGUCCCCAGCCGGACUCCACACUCGAGCAGGGAGUGCCGAUCCCUGUUCGAAUGCAGGGCAGCUUCCCUCCGGAAUUGGCCUCCACGCCUCUCGAGGAUAUUGACGCUUUUUACUCAAACAUUAAGACAUUCGUAGUAGUUAGUAAAGGAAAGGAUAUUUUUCGUUUCUCCGCAACCAAUGCAUUAUAUGUACUCGAUCCGUUCAAUCCUAUACGUCGUGUAGCUAUUUAUAUUUUAGUACAUCCAUUAUUUUCAUUUUUUAUAAUAACAACCAUUCUUGGUAAUUGUAUUUUGAUGAUCAUGCCAUCCACGCCGACAGUCGAAUCUACCGAGGUGAUAUUCACCGGCAUCUACACGUUCGAAUCAGCUGUAAAAGUGAUGGCGCGAGGUUUCAUAUUACAACCGUUUACUUAUCUUAGAGAUGCAUGGAAUUGGUUGGACUUCGUAGUAAUAGCAUUAGCAUAUGUAACUAUGGGUAUAGAUUUGGGUAAUCUCGCUGCAUUGAGAACAUUCAGGGUACUACGAGCUCUCAAAACAGUGGCCAUCGUUCCAGGUCUCAAGACCAUCGUCGGCGCUGUCAUCGAGUCCGUAAAGAAUCUCAGAGAUGUGAUAAUUUUAACAAUGUUUUCGUUGUCGGUGUUUGCUUUAAUGGGGCUGCAGAUCUACAUGGGCGUGCUGACGCAAAAGUGCAUCAAGGAGUUCCCGACGGACGGCUCGUGGGGCAACCUGACCCACGAGAACUGGGAGCGGCACCAUUCGAACGAUUCCAAUUGGUACUUUUCCGAAACCGGGGACACGCCCCUCUGCGGCAAUUCGUCGGGUGCUGGCCAAUGUGAGGAAGGAUAUGUAUGUUUACAAGGUUUUGGAGAUAAUCCAAAUUACGGGUAUACAAGUUUUGAUACUUUCGGAUGGGCAUUCUUAUCUGCCUUUCGUCUCAUGACCCAGGACUACUGGGAGAAUUUAUAUCAACUGGUGUUACGAUCAGCUGGACCGUGGCACAUGCUCUUCUUCAUUGUGAUUAUCUUCUUGGGUUCGUUCUACCUUGUAAAUUUGAUCUUGGCCAUUGUCGCCAUGUCGUACGACGAACUCCAGAAGAAGGCCGAAGAGGAAGAGGCCGCCGAGGAAGAAGCGCUUCGGGAAGCGGAAGAAGCGGCCGCAGCGAAACAGGCCAAACUCGAGGCCCACGCAGCGGCGGCGGCGGCCGCGGCCAACCCGGAGAUCGCCAAGAGCCCGUCGGACUUUUCCUGCCACAGUUACGAGCUGUUCGUGGGCCAGGAGAAGGGCAACGACGACAACAACAAGGAGAAGAUGUCGAUCCGGAGCGAAGGAUUGGAGUCGGUGAGCGAAAUCACAAGAACAACCGCACCAACAGCUACUGCAGCUGGCACUGCAAAAGCCCGUAAAGUGAGCGCGGGGGUUGCGGCGGCAUUUCAGAAGGCUUCACUUUCAUUACCUGGUUCACCAUUUAAUCUUCGUAGAGGAUCUAGAGGAUCACAUCAGUUUACGAUACGUAACGGUAGAGGACGUUUCGUGGGCGUACCUGGUAGCGAUAGAAAACCAUUGGUACUCUCAACAUAUCUCGAUGCACAAGAACACUUGCCAUACGCCGAUGACUCGAACGCGGUCACACCGAUGUCGGAGGAAAAUGGUGCAAUCAUCGUUCCAGUAUACUAUGCUAAUUUAGGUUCGCGACACUCAUCGUACACAUCGCAUCAAUCGCGCAUCUCGUACACAUCGCACGGCGACCUGCUCGGCGGCAUGACGAAGGAGAGCCGGCUGCGGAGCCGAACCCAGCGCAACACGAACCACUCGAUCGUGCCGCCGGCGAACAUGGCGGCCUCGGCGGCGUCGGUGACGGGUGCCGGCUCGGGCGCGCCCAACAUGUCCUACGUCGACACCAACCACAAGGGCCAGCAGCGGGACUUUGAUCAGUCCCAAGACUACACAGAUGAUGCUGGUAAAAUAAAACACAACGACAAUCCUUUCAUCGAGCCCUCUCAAACCCAAACCGUAGUAGAUAUGAAAGACGUAAUGGUGUUAAACGAUAUCAUUGAGCAAGCUGCUGGUCGGCAUAGUAGAGCUAGUGAUCAUGGAGUCUCUGUUUACUACUUCCCCACAGAGGACGACGACGAGGACGGUCCGACGUUCAAGGACAAGGCGGUCGAGUUCGGGAUGCGGAUGAUCGACAUCUUCUGCGUGUGGGACUGCUGCUGGGUGUGGCUCAAGUUCCAGGAGUGGGUGUCCUUUAUCGUGUUCGACCCGUUCGUCGAGCUGUUCAUCACGCUCUGCAUCGUGGUCAACACGCUGUUCAUGGCGCUCGACCACCACGACAUGAACCCGGACAUGGAGCGGGCGCUCAAGAGCGGUAACUACUUCUUCACGGCGACGUUCGCGAUCGAAGCGACGAUGAAGCUGAUCGCGAUGAGCCCCAAGUGGUACUUCCAGGAGGGUUGGAACAUUUUCGAUUUCAUCAUCGUGGCCCUUUCGCUGCUCGAGCUCGGUCUGGAGGGCGUUCAGGGAUUGUCAGUAUUACGUUCAUUCCGUUUGCUUCGAGUGUUCAAGCUAGCAAAGUCGUGGCCAACGCUGAACUUACUCAUUUCCAUCAUGGGCCGAACGAUGGGCGCGUUAGGUAAUCUGACGUUUGUGCUCUGCAUUAUCAUCUUCAUCUUUGCCGUGAUGGGGAUGCAGCUGUUCGGCAAGAACUACAUCGACAACGUGGACCGCUUCCCGGACAAGGACCUGCCACGGUGGAACUUCACCGACUUCAUGCACUCAUUCAUGAUUGUGUUCCGGGUGCUGUGCGGCGAGUGGAUCGAAUCCAUGUGGGACUGCAUGCUGGUGGGCGACGUGUCCUGCAUUCCGUUCUUCUUGGCCACCGUAGUGAUAGGAAAUUUUGUCGUUCUUAACCUUUUCUUAGCCUUGCUUUUGUCCAACUUUGGUUCCUCGAGUUUGUCGGCGCCCACAGCCGACAACGAAACGAACAAGAUCGCCGAGGCGUUCAACCGGAUAUCGCGCUUCUCCAACUGGAUCAAGGCGAACAUCGCGGCCGCGCUCAAGUUCGUGAAAAACAAGUUAACAAGCCAGAUUGCGUCCGUGCAGCCCGCAGGUGAGCAGCACAACCAUCUCAGUUGGAUAUGGAGCGAAGGCAAAGGGGUAUGUCCAUGUAUAUCUGCAGAGCAUGGUGAAAAUGAGCUGGAAUUAACUCCAGAUGACAUCCUGGCCGACGGGCUGCUGAAAAAGGGCGUCAAGGAGCACAACCAGCUGGAGGUGGCGAUCGGCGACGGGAUGGAGUUUACGAUACACGGCGACCUCAAGAACAAGGGCAAGAAGAACAAGCAGCUGAUGAACAAUUCCAAGGUGAUAGGCAAUUCUAUUAGUAAUCAUCAAGAUAAUAAGUUAGAGCACGAACUGAAUCAUAGGGGCAUGUCCUUACAGGACGAUGAUACUGCCAGUAUAAAGUCCUAUGGCAGUCACAAGAAUCGCCCCUUCAAGGACGAAAGCCACAAGGGCAGUGCCGAAACGCUGGAGGGCGAAGAAAAGCGCGACGCCAGCAAGGAGGACCUAGGAAUUGACGAAGAACUCGACGACGAGUGCGAGGGUGAGGAGGGUCCUCUGGACGGGGAAAUGAUCAUCCACGCGGAAGAGGACGAGGUGAUCGAGGACGCGCCGGCCGACUGCUUCCCGGACAACUGCUACAAGCGGUUCCCGGCGCUGGCCGGCGACGACGACGCGCCGUUCUGGCAGGGCUGGGGCAACCUGCGGCUCAAGACGUUCCAGCUGAUCGAGAACAAGUACUUCGAGACGGCCGUCAUCACGAUGAUCCUGCUGAGUAGUUUGGCCCUGGCCCUCGAGGAUGUGCACCUGCCGCACCGACCAAUCUUGCAGGACGUCCUGUACUACAUGGACAGGAUAUUCACGGUGAUCUUUUUUUUAGAGAUGUUGAUCAAGUGGUUGGCGCUCGGCUUCCGGGUGUACUUUACGAACGCCUGGUGCUGGCUCGAUUUCAUCAUUGUGAUGGUGUCCUUAAUCAACUUCGUGGCUUCACUCUGUGGAGCGGGUGGUAUUCAAGCAUUCAAAACUAUGCGAACUCUUAGGGCACUGCGUCCGCUACGUGCCAUGUCCCGUAUGCAGGGUAUGAGGGUUGUCGUCAAUGCAUUGGUACAGGCUAUACCGUCCAUCUUCAACGUGUUAUUGGUGUGUUUGAUCUUUUGGUUGAUUUUCGCCAUCAUGGGCGUCCAGCUGUUUGCCGGAAAGUACUUCAAGUGCGUCGACACGAACAAGACGACACUGUCGCACGAGAUCAUCCCGGACGUGAACGCGUGCAUCGCGGAGAACUACACCUGGGAGAACUCCCCGAUGAACUUUGACCACGUGGGGAAGGCCUACCUGUGUUUGUUCCAGGUGGCCACGUUCAAGGGAUGGAUCCAGAUCAUGAACGACGCGAUCGACUCGCGGGACAUCGGAAAGCCCGUCAAAUUUCCUACAAGUUUGUCUUUGACCACUUUUUGAUACGAUGCAACGGCU